AUGGAGGUCCAGACUGUUGAGUUCAAGCCAUUCACCGACCAGAAGCCGGGCACCUCCGGACUUCGUAAAAAAGUGACCGUAUUCCAACAGCCACACUAUAGUGAGGCCUUCAUCACGAGCAUCUUGCUCUCCAUCCCUGAAGGUGCCGAAGGUGCCUUCCUCGUCAUCGGCGGGGAUGGCCGAUUUUGGAACCCUGAGGUGAUUCAGCUGAUUGCCAAGAUUGGUGCCGCGUAUGGCGUCAAGAAGCUCCUGAUCGGCCAGGAUGGCAUCUUGUCGACCCCUGCCGCCAGCCAUGUCAUCCGCAAGCGCAAGGCGACAGGUGGCAUCCUUCUGACCGCUAGCCACAACCCCGGAGGUCCCAAGAACGACUUCGGCAUCAAGUACAACCUCGCCAACGGUGGCCCGGCGCCCGAGUCGGUCACCAACAAGAUCUACGAAGUCUCCAAGACCCUGACCUCGUACAAGAUUGCGAGCAUUCCCAACAUUGACAUUUCAACCAUUGGUACCAAGACGUACGGUGACCUCGAGAUCGAGGUGGUCGAUAGCACCGCGGACUAUGUCGAGAUGCUCAAGGAUAUCUUCGACUUUGACCUGAUCAAGAAGUUUUUUGCCGCUCACCCUGAUUUCAAGGUCUUGUUCGACGGUCUUUCGGGCGUGACCGGACCGUACGGCAAGGCCAUCUUCCAGCAGGAGCUCGGUCUUGGCUCCGAGUCGACACAGAACUGCGAGCCUUCCCCUGACUUCAACGGUGGCCACCCUGACCCCAACCUUACUUACGCACACAGCUUGGUUGAGACUGUGGAGAAGAACAACAUUCCGUUUGGCGCAGCCUCUGACGGUGACGGAGAUCGCAACAUGAUCUACGGUGCUGGCGCUUUUGUGUCGCCCGGUGACAGUUUGGCUAUUAUCGCUCACCAUGCCCAGCUUAUUCCCUACUUUAAGAAGAAUGGUGUGUACGGCCUGGCACGCAGUAUGCCUACUUCGGGAGCAGUGGAUUUGGUUGCCAAGAAGCAAGGCCUGAACUGCUAUGAGGUUCCCACUGGUUGGAAGUUUUUCUGCGCCUUGUUCGACGCCAAUAAGCUCUCUAUCUGCGGCGAAGAGUCGUUUGGAACAGGCAGCAACCACAUCAGAGAGAAGGAUGGUCUCUGGGCCAUUGUGGCUUGGUUGAAUAUCAUUGCGGGAUUGGGUGUCGCCAACCCCGGAGUAGCGCCCAGCAUCAAACAGAUCCAAAAGGAUUUCUGGGCUGAGUACGGACGAACCUUCUUCACCCGCUAUGAUUACGAGGAUGUGGAUUCAGAAGGUGCCAACAAAGUUGUUGGUAUCCUCAGGGAUUUGGUGGCGGAUCCAAACUUCGUAGGAAGCAAGGUUGGAGAUCGUACUGUCACGGAAGCUGGGGACUUUUCGUACACCGAUUUGGACGGCUCAGUCUCUUCCAACCAAGGUCUGUAUGCCCGCUUUUCCUCGGGCAGCAGGAUCGUUGUUCGCCUGUCCGGCACCGGUUCUUCCGGCGCCACCAUCCGCUUGUACAUUGAGCAGCACAGCACGGAUCCCGCCACAUAUGAUAUGGAUGCCCAGGACUUCCUGGCGCCUGAAAUCAAGAUGGCAACCGAGCUCUUGAAGUUCAAGGAAUUCGUUGGUCGUGACGAGCCGGACGUGAAGACAUGA